GUUAAGUAUAGGGUGUGUAUCUUAAAUAGAGGGUAAGUGUAUCCUAAAUGAGGAGGACAUGGGAGGUUUAUCUUAAAUAGAAGUGAGCUUAGGAGACGUAUCUUAAAUAGAGGAAAGAUUAGGAGGUUGUCUUGUAUGAAGGACAACUGUAUCUUAAAUAGAGGAAAGAUUAUGAGGUUUAUCUUGAAUAGCGGGCUAGUGUAUAUCAAAUAUAGGGGAGCUUUGGAGGCUCAUCGUUACUAUUAUCCGCCCAGAAUUCCACUUCCGUUGCCUACAUGUUUUCACAACCCUACGGGUUACCCCUGUUGCAAUCCAAAACUCAACGACUUAAUUGUGGAGACUUACACAAUGCUAGAGAGCAAACCGAGAUUUCAUACAUGUAAUAUUAAUGCUAUUGCUCAGCACCUGCAGAUUAGGGCUGAGACGAGGUGA